ACUUGUCACGGAGGUCAAGCUCACAUGGAACAGUAGUAACCUUGCCUAGCUCACAUGGAACAGUAGUAACCUUGUCCAGACUAGAGAAGUAAAGAAAAAGAUGAAGUUAGAUGAUGUAUUGACACACAUUGGUGGCUAUGGCAGAUUCCAAAUUUUGAUCUUUGUCCUGAUUGGUCUAAUCAACUUGCGAAGCAGUGGCUAUCUUCUGGGGAUAGUUUUCAUUGGCUACAAACCAGACCACCACUGCACUCUCCCCACAAAUGCCACAUUGAAUGAGUCGGUGCCCUUAGAACUGGAUAAUGAAGGGAACUGGCAGUUGUCUCAGUGUAAGAUGUAUGCUGUGUCAGGGAGUAACAAGACCAUAACAUGUACAGAUGGAUGGGAUUAUGCAACAGAGAAAGGAGAAAAGACUAUUGUAACAGAGUGGGAUUUAGUUUGUGGUCAAGACUGGUUAGUGGACAUGUCCACUACAAUCCACAUGGCAGGCAUAAUGUGUGGAUCUCUGUUCAUCACCCCUUUAUCAGACAGAGUGGGGAGAAAACAUGUCCUCUUAGCCUGCCUGUGGAUACAGACAGCUCUGGCCUUUGGACUGGCUUUCACCACCAGCUAUCUGCAGUUUGUUAUUCUAAGGUUUUUUAUAGGGGCACUUAACAGGGGUAUAGCAGUAAUAAGUUAUGUAAUGAUGACUGAAGUGUUCCCACCCUCUCACCGUACUCUGCCUGGGAUAGCACAGCAAGUAUUCUGGGCUGCUGGUCUCAUGGGCCUGGCUUUUAUUGCCUGGCUGGUCAAGGACUGGAGGGAUCUGUCACUGGUCAUCUCACUGCCCACUGUUCUCAUGGUCUCAUAUUACUGGUAA